UGCAGCCAGCAGGAUUCAGCAGCUCCUGCCUCUGGAUGGGGGUGUUCUGGGGGCUCCAGAGGAGGAAAGGAGGCUCUGCUUAGAGCCCUCUCGGUGAGGUUGGAGGCUGUGGCUCCGUCAGAGCAGCCCAACCUCACUCCCUGCCCCGGCUGCCCAUGGAAAUUUCCCUGAGCAGGCAGAGAAACACCUGGGCACGCACAGCAGGCGCAGGGCUCCGGCGCUCGUCCUGCCGCGGUCAGAGGGGUGAAGCAGCGGGAGACGCAGGACUAGGACGCAGGACACCCGGGCUCCCUGCCAGUCUCCGCAUCUGCCCUUGCUGCAGGAGAAGAGCUGGAGCCCUGCCCGUGCCGUGCCUCAGUUUACCGAGGGGAGACACCAGGUGGGGUCUUUGCUCCACGUAGGAAUUGCGGGGAGUUUUUCCCCAGUGCAAGGCACUGAAAUACCCUCUGAGCUCAGUGCUAAUGCAUCCCCCAAAGAGGGGGGUUCCCCCAAAGUGUCACUGCCUGGGAAGCUGGCACUGGCUCUGCAGGAAAGGCACACGCCCGGGAGCGCCACAACCCUGUCUGGCAGCCCGCAGCCCCUCUCUGGAUACAGGCACCCCCUGCACCCACAGGCUGUGGCACUGUCCCACUUUUAUCACAGCAAUUUUGGCGAGUCACCCCCAGCUGGAGAGCCCCGCUCCCUGCCCAGCGCCUGCCCGGAGCACAGCGAGCCCGCGGCCGGACAGCCGGUGCCACCAGCCCUGGGCACGCCGAGCUGCGAGCAGGGGGGAGCACUGGGGGGGCAGGCGCUCUUCUGGCUGCCGCCUCUCCCCGAUGCCCCCGCGGUGCGCGCACGGUGCCGGUGUCGGGGUACGGGAGCGCGGGGAGCCCCGCUGAGAGAGAUGCCGAGGGGGCACCGCGGCCCCCCGCAGCCCCCCGGAGCCGGGGCGGUGUCGCCGCCCCGUUCCGGAGCGUGUCCCCGGGGCAGAGCCGCCCCUCGCGGGCCCCCCUGGCUCCCGGCGCGCUGUACCACGCGGUGCGCGGGGGCUGGCCGUCACCGAGCCGUCACCGAGCCGUCACCGAGCCCGGCUGCCGCCUCUCCACCCAUUUGAUGUCAGAGCCGCUCAGGUGCCGUCAGCCCCGCAGCCGGCACCGGCUCCGGCCCCGCACGCCCAGCACGGGGGGCUCCGCGCCUGGCCCCGCGCCCCCGGCUGCAGCCGGCCCCGGGCGAGGGCAGCCCGGCCGGUGUCCCCUGGCACCCCGCCGCCCGCGGCUGCUCCCCGCCGUGCUGCGGUGCCCGCCGGGGCCACCAUGAGGGACUCCUACACGGUGACGCUGCCCGAGGAGCCCCCCGCGCUCCCCGACCUUCACAAGGACCUGCGGCCCCGCGCCUCCAUGCCAGGGUCCCUGCUGGUCUCCACCUUCGUCGGGCUCGUCCUCAACAAGACCAAGAGCUCCAAGGCCGUGCAGGGGCUGACUGGCCUGCGGAACCUCGGCAACACGUGCUUCAUGAACUCCAUCCUGCAGUGCCUGAGCAACACCAAGGAGCUGCGGGAUUACUGCCUGCAGAACCAGUACCUGCGGGACCUCAACAACAACAGCCGCAUGCGCACGGCGCUCAUGUCAGAGUUUGCAAAGCUGAUUCAGCUGCUCUGGACCUCGUCCCCCAAUGAGAGCGUGAGCCCCUCCGAGUUCAAGACCCAGAUCCAGAGAUACGCCCCACGCUUCGUCGGCUACAACCAGCAGGAUGCACAGGAAUUCCUGCGGUUCCUGCUGGACGGGCUGCACAGCGAGGUGAACCGUGUGCUGGUGCGGCCCCGGGCCAGCACCGACACCCUGGAUCACCUCCCUGACGACGAGAAGAGCCGGCAGAUGUGGAGGAGGUACCAGGAGAGGGAGGACAGCCGCAUCAGCGACCUCUUUGUUGGGCAGCUGAAGAGCUCUCUGACCUGCAGCGAGUGUGGCUACUGCUCCACAGCCUUCGACCCCUUCUGGGACCUGUCCCUGCCCAUCCCCAAGAAAGGCUACGGGGAGGUGACGCUCAUGGAUUGCCUCCGACUCUUCACCAAAGAGGACGUGCUGGAUGGGGAUGAGAAACCGACGUGUUGUCGCUGCAAAGCCAGGACAAGGUGCACAAAAAAAUUCAGCAUCCAGAAGUUCCCCAAGAUCCUGGUGCUUCACCUGAAGCGCUUCUCCGAGGCCAGGAUACGAAGCAGCAAACUCACCACCUUCGUCAACUUCCCGCUGAAGGACCUGGACCUGCGGGAAUUCGCCUCGCAGAGCUGCAACCACGCCGUUUACAACCUCUACGCCGUCUCCAACCACUCGGGCACCACCAUGGGGGGCCACUACACAGCCUACUGCAAGAGCCCCGUGUCCAGCGAGUGGCACACCUUCAACGACUCCCGCGUCACCCCGAUGUCCUCGAGCCACGUGCGCAGCAGCGAUGCCUACCUGCUCUUCUACGAGCUGGCCAGCCCGUCCUCCCGCAUGUAGCCAGCCCCGGCUCCCUGGGGAGGCCCUGGGCCACCGCUCAGAGCCGGCUCCGCCAGGGUUCGGGCGUUCGGCCCCCCAGAGCAAGGGGGAGGCGAAGAGGAGACACCCCCGAGGUGGCUGCAGAGGGAGGCUGGGGACAGCCAGG